GUGAUCGUUUUGUAGUUUUUCUAUCGUUGAAAUGAUAUAAGUUUUUCGAGAUAAUUUUCUACAGAUAAACAAUAGCACUUGUUUCAAUUUGUGCCUUACAAUGAAGUUGAGUGUUGAUGGGUUGAUAGUUUACUUUCCAUAUGAUUACAUAUAUCCAGAGCAGUAUGCUUACAUGCUGGAUCUCAAAAGAGGAUUGGAUGCAAAGGGUCACUUGUUACUGGAGAUGCCUUCAGGUACUGGUAAAACCACAACACUACUGUCGUUAAUUGUGGCCUACAUGUUGGAACAUCCUCUUGAAGUAACAAAGCUGAUUUACUGUUCACGUACAGUACCAGAGAUAGAAAAAGUCAUUGAAGAAUUAAAAAAAUUGAUGAAUUAUUACGAAACAGAGACUAAAAAAUUACCAAAUAUCAUUGGCCUAGUGCUCAGUUCAAGGAAGAAUAUGUGCAUUCACCCAGAUGUAAGUAAAGAAAGAGAGGGUAAAAUUGUAGAUAGCAAGUGCCAUGCACUCACAGCUUCUUAUGUCCGUGAGAGGCAUAACUAUGAUGAUUCAACUCCAAUUUGUGGCUAUUAUGAAAAUUUUGAUAUAGAAGGACGAGAAAUGAUGAUGCCACCUGGUAUUUAUUCCAUUGAUGAUUUGAAAGAAUAUGGCAGAGACAGAAAUUGGUGUCCUUAUUUUCUUUCUAGAUUCACGAUAAUGCAUGCUCAAAUAGUAGUAUACAGUUAUCACUACUUGCUCGACCCAAAAAUUGCUGAGGCAGUAUCCAAAGAGCUGGCUAAAACUUCAGUUGUCGUUUUUGAUGAAGCUCACAACAUAGAUAACGUAUGUAUUGAUUCAAUGAGUGUAAAGAUAAAUCGCAGAAUAAUGGAUAAAAGCAGUGCAAAUAUAGAAUUUUUAGAAAAGUCUGUCAAAGAAAUGAGAGAAGACGACGCAGCCAAACUGAAGGAAGAAUACAACAAACUCGUUGAAGGACUGAAAGAGCAGCAAGUAGCCCGCGAGACAGAUAUAGUUUUAGCGAAUCCAGUUCUUCCAAACGAAGUUCUAGAAGAGGUGGUUCCGGGUAACAUCCGCAAAGCCGAGCACUUUGUAUGCUUCUUGAAGCGCUUCGUCGAGUACCUGAAAAUGCGCCUGCGUAUCCAGCACGUUGUACAAGAAACCCCAGCGACAUUCUUACGCGAUGUCCAGAUGAAAGUCUGCAUCGAGCGCAAACCUCUGCGCUUCUGUGCCGAACGUCUGGCUUCGCUCCUCCGCACUAUGGAAAUCAGCGAACUUACCGACUUCUCACCACUCGUUCGCAUUACACAUUUGGCUACUCUCGUCGCUACCUACACGAAAGGAUUUACGAUUAUUAUCGAGCCGUUCGACGAUAAGGCGCCAACUGUGCACAAUCCAAUUCUGCAUUUCUCUUGUUUGGAUUCGUCGAUCGCUAUGAAACCGAUUUUUAACAGAUUUCAGAGCAUCGUUAUUACAUCCGGUACUCUGUCGCCGCUCGAUAUGUACCCAAAAAUUCUCGACUUUCACCCGGUCAUUAUGUCGUCUUUCACCAUGACCCUAGCUAGACCAUGUCUUCUUCCAAUGAUCGUUUCAAAGGGUAACGAUCAAGUAGCAAUAUCAUCGAAAUACGAAACUCGCGAGGACAUUGCUGUGAUAAGGAACUACGGACAAUUACUGGUCGAAUUAGCAGCCAAUGUACCAGACGGUAUAGUUUGCUUCUUCACUUCGUAUCUAUACAUGGAGUCCGUCGUUGCUGCUUGGUAUGACCAAGGCAUUCUGGACCAAAUUCAGAGGUACAAGCUGAUAUUCAUUGAAACGCAAGACGCCGCAGAAACCAGUCUUGCACUUUACUAUUAUAACAAAGCCUGCGACAAUGGACGAGGCGCUGUGUUGCUUUCCGUUGCACGAGGAAAGGUUUCCGAAGGUGUUGAUUUUGAUCAUCACCUCGGUAGAGCAGUGCUCAUGUUCGGUAUACCCUAUGUAUAUACUCAAUCGCGUAUUCUCAAGGCUCGUCUUGAUUAUUUGAGAGAUCAAUUCCAGAUCAAGGAAAAUGAUUUUUUGACGUUUGAUGCGUUGAGACACGCUGCACAGUGCGUGGGUCGUGCCAUCAGAGGAAAAACUGAUUACGGUAUAAUGGUGUUUGCUGAUAAGAGGUUUUCUCGAUCUGAUAAAAAAAGUAAAUUACCCAAAUGGAUUCAAGAGUAUCUAACCGAUAAUCUUUGUAACUUAUCAACAGAGGAAGCAGUGCAGAUAUGCAAGAGGUGGCUUCGUCAAAUGGCCCAACCAUUUUCGAGAGAAGAUCAGCUCGGGCUCUCGUUGUUAACUUUAGAACAGUUGGAAAACAAAGAACAAGAAAAAAUUCAACAACAGGCUCAGCAAAACUGACAGGAAGUUGACGAGGCUGAUC